AUGUUUAUCAAUACACUCAUAAAAAGAAAAAUCUCAGUAAAAGUAUUAAUUGAUACAAUAUCUAAAUAUAAUACUAUUAGCAAACACUUAUUCAAUAAGCUUGAAUCUGAUCAUGGAUUAGAAAGUAUAGUUGGUGAUGAUCUGAUAGGUGAAGAAAUAAAAGGCUUAGAUUUACAGUUUUAUAUUAAAAGAAAGUGGCAAAGUUUAAAUAAUACUGAACUAAUAGACUUUCAAAUUCACAAAAAUCCAUCAUUCGAUCUGGUGUUGGGGCAAGAUUGCAUCCCAUUAUUCAAUGAAGAUUUUAACAAAGCUAGCUUUACUAAAAAUAAUUUAUCUAAAUCAACAGAAUCUAAACCUGGUCUAGCUCAAAAGAAGAGUAAGAAAAAUAAUAUCAAAUAUUCUACAGAUGCUUUUUCUAAUUCAGACACUUUAGACAGCGAUUCAAGUAAUUCUUCCACAUUUAGUUCAGAAAUAGAAGUUACACAUGCGUAUAAGACUAGAGCACCACAAAGUGAAAUCAGCAUAGAAGUAUUUCGGUACUAA